UUAGCAGUCGCCACCCGUUUAGGACUCCGGACCUCCCUGGCGCAUGUUAGUGUCGUCCCUUGUCGAGGAUUCGGCCCGCACUUCCCUGGCGCACGUUAGCAUCGUCCCUCGUGUAGGACGCGCCCGAACGUCUUUUACAUCGCUGACACCCAUUCGAAAUCUCGGCACGGCGGUGACGAAACCCGAGACGAGUCCAAAAAAUCCCUUCUCGCGCCCUCCCCCGACAAAAGUGAAAGGAAGUUCCCGAAUCCCAUCAUGGCAGGGACUCGGUCCGAGUUCGAUCUCGGGGCAUCUGCGGCGCCCCCAUUCGGGAUCCGGGAGUACGCCUUCGCCGAUGCGGGAAACCUGGAGCAUUGCGCCAAGUACCUUAACCAGACGCUGGUGACCUUUGGAUUCCCCGCGUCCCUUGAUCUCUUUGCUACGGAUCCCGUCUCGAUUGCAAGGACCUGCAACUGUAUUCAUUCUCUGCUACAACAGAGGCAGCGGGACAUCGAGUUCAGGGAUGCCUCCAAUGAGCAGAGACAAAGACUGCAAUCUGAUAUUUCAAGAUUAGAGGCAAAAGUUGAGAGGCUUGAGGCACAAUUAGCUGCAAAAGAUCGAGAGCUUGCUAGUUUAACACGAACGGAGGCUAAAAAAACAGCAAGUUUGAAGGCUCAGAUUGACAAGCUGCAGCAGGAACGAGAUGAAUACCAAAAAAUGGUCAUUGGAAAUCAGCAAGUGCGCACACAACAAAUACAUGAAAUGAAGAAGAAGGAAAAGGAAUACAUAAAGCUGCAGGAGAGACUGAACCAAGUGCUGAUGGAGAAAAAGAAGGAAUCUCGGUCAGGAAUGGAGAUUAUGAACCUUUUGCAGAAAGAAGGGCGUCAACGUGGGACAUGGAAUGGAAAGAAGGCUGACAACGAUUUCUAUAAGAUGAUAGUUGAUGCAUAUGAGGUGAAGAAGCAAGAGCUGAUGGCAGAGAAUUCUGAUCUGCGGGCUUUGUUACGUUCUAUGCAGAUGGAUAUGCGUGACUUUCUAAAUGCUCCAAGUGGUCUUUCACAACAAACCUCUACUGUGAAUGAAAGACAGGAUGCUGACUCUCCGCAAUCCCCUUUGGGUGGCAGAACGGAUGUCUUUGAUCUACCUUUUCACAUGGCCAGAGAUCAGAUAGAAGAGAGUUUGCGUACCAAGAUGGCUUCAAUAAAGUCAAGGAUGGUACAGUUGCAAGAUGCACAAAAAGGAGCGGAAUUGACCUGUGAAGCAACUGAAAGGGAACUUGAGCUUGAGGCUCAACUUGUUGAAGCUAGAAGCAUUAUUCAAGAGCAGGCUUCAAUAAUGUCAAAACAUUUAGCAAAAAAUGACAAGCCAAGGAGAUUGAGCAGCCAUUUUGAUGCCGAGAGGGAGGUGACCCAUUCAACAUCUGCUGAGUUGUGAGUGCUACACCUGCAGCGUGAGAAACGUCAGCAAAUUUUGAUUCAUCGAAAGAGGGAAUGCCACAGUGGAUAUUGAAAUUAAUAUGAACUACAGCAGUUCUUCAGCUUUUCCAUCAUCAGCGCGUCUUAGUACGCAAGUAAAGAAAUAGAGUUGAAAGAACAGUUUGAACUUUCUAAGUUUACUGAGAGCAGCAGCCCUUGCAACCUCUGAGAGAAGUGCUCCAGAUGAGGUCCCUCCCCUCGCUCCUCCCCUGCACCGACUUCAUCCCCGCAACAUGCAGCCCUUGCACAUCCAAUCUGCUGCUGCACCCCUCCCCAGCCGCCGACGCCUCGAUUAGCCCGAUCAUGGCCUCGCCGACCGCCUCGUAGUUCUCCCUCGGAUCCCUCACCUGCACCAGCAUCACCAGAACCAUGCGCUCCUUGCUCCCCGCCUCCGCCUUCUUCUCUGCAACCUCGGCGGCGGCCCUUCCUCCUCCCCCCAUCUGGAUGCGAAGCCCUUCCAACGCCAGCCCUUCCAUCUUCUCCACCGAACCCAGCAGCACAGCCUCCACGAAAUGCUCCUCCGCCCCCGUCACCACCCUCUUCCCUUUGAUCUCUCCCGUUUGGCGUCCGCUCAGGUUGCUCAUCGGCAUCGACUCAUGCAGGCACUCCCACAGCUCCCCUCGUCUCAAGGACGCCAUCCCACGUAUCACCUGAUCACCUCCGCUGCGGCUGUAGCGUUCUCGGCGAUCAAUGGCGCCGAAACUUGCAUGACCAACCUCCCCCACGGCCGGCCCGGUUUCCUGAUCUCAUGGAGAUAGCUGCCAUCCGAUAACCUCGUCAUCUCCGUGUGACCGUUCUCCGCCGUCAUCACGGCAGUGUUCUUCGGGCACUCCGUCUGCCUCUUCUCCGUGCUCACCCACGCGUCGAGCUUCCGGAGCUCCUGCUCUAGCUGCCUCGCUCUUCUCCAGUACGCUUCAGCCGCCGCUUCCCCAUCCCUGAAGAGGGAUGGCAUUGCCGGUGCCGCAGAGGGUUCGCACGUGGGCUGCGGCGGAGGGGCCGUAGGAAGCGACGGUGGCUGGCGGUGGGAGGGAGGUCGGCACAAGGAGAGGUACGACUUGAACCUCAAGCAACCUGCGGAGACGACAGCAGGAGACGGGUUCUGCCUCCUUGAGCUUCCGUUGCUGUUCGCCAUGGCAUGCAGCCUCUCUGGCCUCGUUCGCUCGGCUUCUGCUUGGGUAGAGCGACGUUGGAUGUUUUGGUCUAUUAUUUGGGAUACACAGCGGGAUGCUUGCUUC